UCGGUUUUUUGACUCUUCAACUUCCUAUUAAUUAAUUUAAUUUCUUAAUUUUUUGAGUUGAAAAGUUCAAAAAAUAAAAAAUAAAAAAAUCGGUGAUUCCAGGAAAGGCUUCGUCAUCGUCUUCCAUUACUAGUCCCAAUUCCCUCAAACCGCUCCGGAAUUGUUCUCUAUUUCCCUUACUCUACGCGCUUCUAGCCAUUGUUGAAUUUCAGAUGAAGAGGGGAAAAUUCGAAAAGUACGACAUGUUUGUAUCUCUGAGCAGGCAGAGAUCGAUUCAGAUUCUGAUCGGAGCGGGGCUUUUGUAUAUGCUUCUGGUGUCCCUUGAAAUCCCAUUCGUUUUCAGAACUGGGUUCGGUGUUGUGUCCCAGGAAGCUCUCUCCCGGCCCUUUCGGCUUGAGUCCGAGGAGGACUUGGAAGAACGAGGAGCGCCUACUCGCCCCAACAAACUCAUAUCCCUUAACUCACUCCAGCCGACUCAGUCUCGACCCAUCGAGUACAGGAUGUUAUCUGGAUUGGCGUUCGAUCAGAAGACUUUCAAGUCGGGUCGCGGGGACGCGGCUUCAGCGCUUUACAAGUCGGCGGCGGUGGCAUGGGAAGUGGGGAAAACGAUCUGGGGAGAGAUUGAAUCAGGAAAGGCUAAAGUUAUCGUCAAAAAUAUCCAGAACCGGUCGGUGGAGCAGUGCCCCCAUUCGGUUUCGCUAUCCGGGUCGGAUUUAUUGACGCGGAAGCAAGUCAUGGUGCUACCCUGCGGGCUCACAUUGGGAUCGCACGUAACUUUGGUUGGAAAGCCGAGGCCGGCACAUGCUGAACACGAGCCCAAGAUAGCGCUGGUGAAGGACGAGGAGGACGCGGUGAUGGUGUCGCAGUUUAUGGUGGAGUUGCAGGGCUUGAAGAUUGUUGAGGGCGAGGACCCGCCCAGAGUUUUGCAUUUCAAUCCGAGGUUGAAAGGGGACUGGAGCGGAAAGCCCGUGAUUGAGCUCAAUACUUGCUAUAGGAUGCAGUGGGGCUCGGCGUUAAGGUGCGAGGGGUGGAAGUCAAAGGCUGAAGAAGAAACCGUUGAUGGUCAGGUGAAGUGUGAGAAGUGGAUUCGAGAUGAUGAUGGAAGAUCAGAGGAGUCUAAGGCAACAUGGUGGUUGAAUCGGCUAAUAGGCCGAACAAAAAAGGUUACUGUUGACUGGCCAUACCCAUUUGCAGAGGGCAAGCUAUUUGUUCUAACUCUUACUGCUGGAUUGGAGGGGUAUCAUGUUAAUGUUGACGGGAGGCAUGUCAUCUCUUUUCCUUAUCGCACUGGAUUUACUCUGGAGGAUGCCACUGGGCUAUCAGUGAUGGGGGAUGUUGAUAUCCACUCAGUAUUUGCUGCCUCUUUACCUAGUUCACAUCCUAGUUUUUCUCCACAACGACAUCUUGAGUUUUCAAACAGAUGGAAGGCUCCACCACUUCCAGAUGGGGAUGUGGAGCUUUUCAUUGGUAUUCUUUCAGCUGGCAACCACUUUGCCGAACGGAUGGCUGUAAGGAAGUCCUGGAUGCAGCAUAAGCUUAUCAAAUCUUCAACAGUGGUAGCUCGUUUCUUUGUAGCACUGAACGGAAGAAAAGAAGUGAAUGUUGAAUUGAAGAAAGAAGCAGAGUUCUUUGGAGAUAUUGUUAUUGUCCCUUACAUGGACAAUUAUGAUCUCGUAGUGUUGAAAACUGUUGCCAUCUGUGAAUAUGGGGUUCGCACAGUAUCUGCGAAGUAUAUCAUGAAGUGUGAUGAUGACACAUUUGUGAGAGUAGAUGCAGUUUUUAAUGAAGCAAAGAAAGUGCCCGAGGGUAGGAGCUUGUACAUUGGAAACAUAAAUUACUACCAUAAGCCCUUGCGCUAUGGUAAAUGGGCAGUAACAUAUGAGGAGUGGCCAGAAGAAGAUUAUCCACCAUAUGCAAAUGGACCAGGCUAUAUUUUGUCAUCUGACAUUGCACACUUCAUUGUAUCAGAGUUUGAAAGACAUAAAUUAAGGAUGUUUAAAAUGGAAGAUGUGAGUAUGGGAAUGUGGGUGGAGCAAUUCAACAGCACGAAAUCGGUUGUGUAUGUGCAUAGCUUGAAGUUCUGCCAGUUUGGGUGCAUAGAAGAUUAUUAUACAGCCCAUUACCAGUCCCCAAGGCAGAUAACGUGCAUGUGGGCCAAAUUGCAAACACAGGGAAGGCCUCGCUGCUGCGACAUGAGAUGAUGACUGUUUUCUUUCCGAUCAUCUUCACAAUCCGAUAUAGAACAGUGGAAACAAACAAUAACAGGUUUUGCAGUCAUAGCAUAGUCUAUUGUAUAUUCUGUGGAAGUUGGGUUAGUUUGUUUCUGACCCGGUAUAAAAUGCCCUCAAUAAAUUCAAUUCAUUUUUUUUUUCUCCUUUUCCUUUUUGUUUUAUUUUUUAUCCCCCUCCCCUCCCCUCCCCACACUUUCCUCCAUUUUGGGCCUGAUGAUGAUGGAAGUUGAUGAGAUUAAAUGUGCAGGGAACAAAUCAUACGAAUCCAAGUCCUGUAAUUUACAGUAGAACGGCAGCACAUCGAAAUGAUAAUCAUCUUAUUCUUUUAUGGUAUCGAA